AUGUUAGGCUCUUAUCGAUUACUUAUACUCUUUCGAUUAAUUCUCUUUGAAUUACUUGGAUUAAAAUGUAUGGGAGAUGAGUCUUUUCGUCGUUAUCGUCGAUUACAUUCUUCUAUUAGUAUCACUCAUAACGCAUCUGUUAGUCCAUUGAUUAGAUAUGUUUCUGUGUCAGUGAAUGAUUAUUUUGCUGUUAUUAAUUGUUCGACUCCUGAACGCGUUCCUCAUCAUAAACUUGAUUGGUAUUUUCAAACACGUUCUUCUAUAACACCACCACGUGUUAUUUGGCAACGUGGUCGUUCGAAUAUCCAUCGUUAUAUCGCAUAUUCACCUGAUCAAUUUCGUCAUUUUUUACAAAUUAAACCACUUCAUUAUAAUGAUAGUGGAACAUAUAUGUGUUUAGAUCAAACUAGUGGUUUUUAUGCUGGAGUAGAUCUUAUAAUUGAUGAUAGUCAUAACUGUGCAUUACAAACGACAAUAUUUAUUUAUCUCUUCUUACUUUCAUUAUUCAUAUCACGAUAUACUGCAAGUGAAAGUCAAGUGACAUAA